GCACUAUCCGCUAACUAUUUGCAAUCGACCGACGUCUUGGUUGUUGGACUUGGGUUAUAAUGACUUGACUUCUGCUAAAUGAACCCGUGGACUAGUACAAGUUUUGAACAGUGGCGUAUAAGUUAUUCGGGUGGCGAACGCUACCGUGCGAGGACAUAGCGUCGAGUGAGAGUUUUUUUGUGCGUUGUGCUGCGGUGGCGGCAAGAUGGAGAAGCAGUCGAGGUGGUCGGAGCAGCGCAGCGAACAGCGCAGCGUGCAGCAGCACUCGGAGCGGCGCGAGCAUGUGGUGCAGCAGGAGAGCGUGCAGCGCACCGAGCACCACUACACGCGCCAGAUGAUGACACAGCAAGUGGAAAGCAGUGGAGACCGGCUGCCGAUUACGUCGGGUAAACCCGGCGAGCCCUCACCACCGAUAUUCGAACAGAUAUUCAAAAAUGCGAGGUUCGCGCAAGGUGGUAAUGCCAAAUUCGAGGGAAAACUUCGUGGCAAUCCAACGCCCGUCGUCUCCUGGACCCGCAAGAAGGCACCCUUAGUCGAGUGUAACAAAUACAGCAUGAGCUAUAACGAGCAGACCGGUGAUGUCUCCCUGCUCAUCAAACAGAUUGGCCCCGGUGAUGAAGGUGAAUACACAUGCACCGCUCGCAACCAGUACGGUGAGGCCAUCUGCUCUGUCUACAUCCAGCCGGAAGGUGUCCCAGUACCCGCUCACCAAUCUCAACAGCAACAAAGCUACCGCCACGUAAGCGAGAGUGUCGAACACAAAACCUAUGGCACUCAAGGGUUUACCUCGGAACAGACCAAGCAGACCCAGAAAGUCGCAUACACAAAUGGAUCCGAUUACACUUCAACGGACGACUUCAAGGUGGACACGUUCGAAUAUAGACUCCUCCGAGAAGUAUCGUUCCGAGAAUCUAUCACUAAAAGGUAUAUCGGCGAGACAGACAUCCAGAUCAGCACGGAAAUCGACAAAUCUCUAGGUGUUGUAAGCCCUCCCAAGAUAGCACAAAAGCCUAGAAAUUCCAAGCUUCAGGAGGGAGCCAAUGCUCAGUUCCAGGUACAGCUCUCAGGCAACCCGCGGCCACGGGUGUCGUGGUUCAAAAACGGGCAGAGGAUAGUCAAUUCGAACAAACACGAAAUCGUCACGACACAUAAUCAAACUACGCUUAGGGUAAGAAACACACAGAAAUCUGAUACAGGUCACUACACAUUGUUGGCUGAAAAUCCAAACGGGUGCGUUGUUACAUCAGCGUAUUUAGCCGUAGAAUCACCCCAGGAAACUUAUGUUCAAGAUAACAAAUCACAGUACAUAAUGGAUAGUCAGCAAACAGCUGUAGAAGAAAGAGUAGAAGUUAGUGAAAAAGCUCUCGCUCCGCAGUUUGUAAAAGUCUGCCAAGACCGCGAUGUUACAGAAGGAAAAAUGACGCGAUUCGAUUGCCGCGUCACAGGCAGACCUUACCCAGAAGUCACGUGGUUCAUUAACGAUAGACAGAUACGAGACGAUUAUAAUCAUAAGAUACUAGUAAACGAAUCAGGUAAUCAUGCACUUAUGAUUACAAACGUCGAUCUCAAUGAUAGUGGCGUAGUAACGUGUAUAGCACGCAACAAGACCGGCGAAACGUCGUUCCAGUGCAGGCUAAACGUGAUAGAGAAAGAGCAAGUUGUUGCUCCUAAGUUCGUAGAGCGAUUUAGCACGUUAAAUGUGCGCGAAGGCGAGCCCGUGCAAUUGCAUGCGCGCGCCGUCGGCACCCCUACGCCACGAAUCACAUGGCAGAAGGACGGCGUUCCGAUUAUACCCAAUCCAGAGUUACGAAUAAAUACCGAGGGUGGGGCCUCGACACUGGACAUCCCUCGAGCCAAGGCGUCGGACGCGGCAUGGUACCAGUGCACCGCCCAGAACGUCGCAGGCUCCACCGCCACUCGGGCGAGGCUCUAUGUCGAAGUACCAAAAGAGCCUCCGCCCGAACAGAAGCGUCUUCACUUACCUCGGCCUACAAAAAUCAUCGAGCCAGAGCCCGCUCCUGGCCCAGAAAUUAUAUACUUAAGGCACGUGGAAAGAGCAAGACCUUUUAUUCCUCCGGGAGAGGAAGACCGUAUCUAUCCUCCGCCACAGUUUAUUGUGCCACUGAAGAGCGUCACGCAGAUGGAGGGUGGCAAAAUACACUUUGAGACGAGGAUAGAGCCGGUCGGUGACCCGACUAUGAAGAUCGAAUGGUUAAGGAACGGACAAAGUAUUGAAGCCAGUUCCAGAUACACUUCAGUAUUCCGAUUUGGAUACAUUUCCCUUGAUAUGCUCAGUCUUAAUAUACAAGAUAGCGGAGAAUAUACUUGUCGAGCAGUAAGCUCUACUGGUGCUGCCGAAACUAAAGCUAUGUUGCAAGUAACACCCCGAGCUACAAUCGAAAGAACAAGCCAGCACCCAGAAAGCUUGCAGUAUAUUCAACAGUUAGAAGACUAUUCUCGGUACCAGCACCAAGAGUCAGUCGAAGACCAAGUUUCACAAAGACCACAAUUCAUCAGACCGCUCCAAGAUCUCGGCGAACUUCAGGAAGGAAGAAAUGCACACUUUGAAGCUCAAUUAACUCCUGUCAGUGACCCGACCAUGAGAGUCGAAUGGUACAAAGACGGCAGAGCUAUUACAGCCAGCUCGCGAAUCACGUCAAUCUUCAACUUCGGUUACGUCUCCCUUAACAUCAUGCACCUACGGGCUGAAGAUGCAGGUUCGUACACAGUGAGGGCUGUAAACAAACUAGGUGAAGCUGUCAGUACUGCUUCGAUUAGGGUUGCUGCCAGAAGUACAGUUACCGCGGAUCUUGGAAUACCAGAACAACGAAGAUACAUAGAAAAGACUGAACAAUUAGAAGCAUAUCAACAACAACAACAUCAAAAAUACUAUCAGGAGAUGCCUGAAAGCACACAGAAACCAGAGUUCAAAACUCCUAUUAGAGAUCAGUUAAACAUAAAGGAAGGAGGGUUCGCACAUUUUGAAGCUCGUCUCGAACCAAUAGGUGAUUCUACUUUAAAAGUAGAAUGGUUAAAAGAUGGUCGACCAGUUGAAGCCAGUUCUAGAAUCACUACUUUCUUCAACUUUGGAUAUGUAGCUUUGACUAUAAAGUCAGUUACCAUUCACGAUGUUGGUCAUUAUACUUGUAGAGCAUACAAUGCUCUCGGACAAGCGACAACAAACGCUAAUCUUACAAUUAUUACAAAGAAAGAUAUUAUUGCCGAGUCCCAACAUCCUGGCGGACUGGAAAAAAUUCAGUACCUUGAAGACUCUAGCAAAUACAUGAAACGAUCAGAAGAAGAAGUGAAAGUGACACAAAAACCUCGGUUUUUGGGACCAUUAAAGGGCACAAAUAAAAUUGUGGAAGGCCAAAGUGCACAUUUUGAAGCAAGAGUAGAACCACAAAGUGAUUUAACUAUGAAUGUGGAGUGGUAUUUCAACGGAAAACAAAUUAAAUCUGCUAACCGUAUUCAAACAUACCAUGACUUUGGGUAUGUUGCUCUAGAUAUUUCCAGCGUGAGAGCAGAAGACUCUGGAGUCUAUACUGUAGUCGCUAGGAACGCAGCAGGAGAAGCACAACUAAGUGCCUCAAUGACUGUUGAAACACGCUCAAGUAUUGAUACAUCUAGUAUUCAUAGAGGUUUAUAUGAAAAAACAAGACACAUCGAAGAGUCUAAAUUUGUAGAGCCAAUGUACGAGAUUGAAGAAAUUUCAAAAUCUAAACCAGUAUUUGUUCAGCCACUUUCUGAUCCUCAACCUGUAUCAGAAGGUAAAAAUAUUCAUCUUGAAUGUAGGCUAGAACCUAUGGGAGAUCCUACCAUGAGGGUGGAGUGGUUUCAUAAUGGCCGACCAGUAACUGUCGGCUCUCGCUUUAGGACUUAUUACGAUUUCGGCUUUGUAGCUCUAGAUAUAAUCCAUGCUACAUCUGUUGAUUCUGGAGAAUACACUGUCAGAGCAGUAAAUCACCUAGGAUCAGCACAUACAUCUGCCAUGGUACGUGUGAUUGAAAGAUCAGACAUUGUUACCGAAACUCAGAAUGAGCAAGCAGUUGAACAGAUACAAAUGCUCGAAGAUGCUGCCAGAAGAGGCAGACAAGUACAAGAGGAUAUCACAGUAAUGCAAGCCCCUCAAUUCUCACGAGCACUACAUAAUAUUGAGACCGUUGAGGGAACUAACGUACAUUUAGAAUGCAGACUACAGCCUGUUGGCGAUCAAACGAUGCGCGUUGAAUGGUUCUGCAAUGGCAGGCCGAUUAAAACGGGUCACAGAUUCAGACCAGCUUAUGAGUUUGAUUACGUUGCUCUAGAUCUUUUAAGUGUAUACCCAGAAGAUUCUGGAGUAUAUACUUGUCAGGCAACAAAUCAACUAGGGGAAGCUGUCACAUCCUGCGCUUUACGUGUGAUUGCUAAGAAAGAUUUAAUAUUUGAAUCGCAACACCCUUCGGGUCUAGAAAAAAUACAAUACUUGGAAGAUGCGUCUCGUUACAAGAAGAGUGAAGUUAUUGAUGAAUCUAUAAACAUCAAGCCUCACUUCGUUACUAAACCAAAAUCUAUUGAGAAUGUGAUCGAAGGACAUCAUGUGCACUUUGAAUGUAAAUUAGAACCAGUAACCGAUUCUAAUCUUAAAGUUGAAUGGUUUAAAAACGGCCAGCCUGUGACAAUAGGACAUAGAUUCAGACCAAUUCAUGACUUUGGUUAUGUAGCUUUAGAUAUAAUUGACUUAAUUGCUGAAGAUUCUGGAGUUUAUACCUGCAGAGCGGUUAACCUUGUAGGCUCUGACGAAGUUAGCUGUAGAUUAUCGUGCCGCGGAACUUCAGACAUCGUAAGAGUCACUCAAAAUGAGGCCGGACUGGAGCAAAUCCAAAAUCUGGAAGACAGGUCCAAAUAUCAUAGAACGGACACCGUGGACGAAGUAACCACACAAGCACCGAUUUUCACCACUUCUUUGAAAAACAUCGAAAUAAAGGAAGGCCAGCGUGCUCAUUUUGAAUGUAGACUAAUCCCCGUUUCUGACGCAACAAUGAAAGUGGAAUGGUAUCACAAUAAUAAGCCUCUCAAGAGUGGUUCUAGAUUUACCGAAACCAAUAACUUUGGCUUUGUGGCCUUAGAUAUUAUGGCAUGCUUGCCUGAAGACUCAGGCACGUAUACUUGUAGAGCUAUCAAUGCUUUAGGUGAAGCAGUAACUUCUGGUAUCGCAAUUGUACACUCCAAGAAGUCUAUUUACUUAGAAUCACAACAUGAAGGAGCUUUAUCAAGGCUGAAUCAACUGGAAGAUACAUCCAGAUAUCAUAGACAAAGUGCACAAGAAGAGUUUACCACUCAGGCUCCCGUAUUCACCAUGCCCAUGAAAGAUAUAAGGGUAGCAGAAAAUCAAGCUGUUCACUUUGAAGCCAGACUUAUUCCUGUUGGAGAUCCAAAACUGCGGGUAGAGUGGCUACGCAAUGGAGUACCUAUUGAAGCUUCUAAUCGCAUAACAACAAUGCACGACUUUGGUUACGUUGCACUCAACAUGAAAUAUGUAAAUCCCGAGGACUCAGGCACUUACACGUGCAGAGCUAUAAACGAACUUGGUGAAGCUGUGACAUCCUCUACAUUAUUCGUACAGUCCAAGGCAUCAUUGCAACUAGAGUCGCAACAUGAAAGUGCUUUGGAAAAGAUUCAGCAGCUAGAAGAUACCUCGCGUUAUCAACGUCGUGAAGAUGUGGAAGUUGCUGUCAACCAAGCUCCUAGAUUCAUUACUCAAUUAAAUGGUCCUACAAAGCUUGUUGAGGGUCAGAGUGCACAUUAUGAAUGUCGUAUUGAGCCUUAUCCAGAUCCAAACAUGCGAGUAGAGUGGUAUUUUAAUGGCAAGGUAUUGCAGAGUGGGCAUCGUUACCGUACUGCCUAUGAUUUUGGAUUUGCUGCUCUAGAUAUUCUUACGGUAUAUGGUGAGGAUUCCGGAGAAUAUACAUGCAAGGUUAUUAACAACUUAGGACAAGCGACAUCUUCAAUAAAACUAAAUGUUCAAUCUAAGGAAUCGAUCAUAAGAGAUACUCAACAUGAGAGCGCCUUAGAGAAAAUACAUUACCUGGAAGAUGAUAGCAGAUACAAGCGUGUCGUUCGAGAUGAAAGCUUCGUUGCAGAGAAGCCGCAGUUUGGAAAGCCUUUGAAAAAUGCUCAAGUUCCUGAAGGUCAGCCUGUCCAUCUUGAGGCUACGUUGACGCCUGUGAAUGAUCCUACUAUGCGUGUUGAAUGGUACUGUAACGGUAGACCAAUCCAGCAAGGACAUCGGUUUAAGACAACAUACGACUUCGGAUAUGUUGCGUUGGAUAUAUUGUAUGCUUAUGGAGAAGACACUGGUACUUACAUGUGUAAAGCCACGAAUGCAGUAGGCGAAGCUGUCACCACAAGUUCUGUCAAAGUAGAUGCUAAAGCUGGAUUGUAUCUUGAUACAUUAGACGAACAAAGAUUGAGAAAGAUCCAAGAAUUGGAAAGGUACGAAAGGCCGAAACCAGUUGAAGAAGAAAUGCCAGGUCAACGUCCAGUCUUUUUGACUGCUUUAACAAGUCUUGAAAACUUAAAGGAAAGCGAUCGAGCCCACUUUGAAUGCAGAGUUGAACCUAUCAAUGAUCCAGAUCUGAAGAUUGAGUGGUUCCUAAACGGACAAAAAAUAAGAGCCGGUCAUCGGUAUAGAACGACGCACGAUUUCGGAUAUGUGGCUUUGGACAUCUUAUACGCAUAUGCUGAAGAUUCUGGAACGUAUAUGUGUAAAGCAACAAAUAAACUCGGUGAAGCAGUUAAUACCUGCACGUUGAAGGUUGCAGGGCAUAGAAGCAUAAUUCUUGACACACAACAUCCAAAUGGCUUAGAGAAAAUAAGGCAGUUGGAAGCACAAGGACACCACACCAGGAUAGAGGUAGAAGAACCUAAAAUAAGUCCACCAAGGUUCACUGCUGAACUCAGAGGAACAACACACGUGUUCGAGGGUAAAACAGCACAUUUCGAAUGCCAGGUAGAACCCGUACAUGAUCCUAAUCUGCGCAUCGAAUUCUAUCAUAACGGCAAAGCCCUGCAAUCUGCCUCAAGGUUCCAUAUCACUUUUGAUUUUGGUUAUGUGUCAUUGGAUAUCCAACAUUGUGUCCCCGAAGACGCAGGUGAAUAUUCCGUUAAAGCCAUAAAUGCUCUUGGACAAUGUACCUCUUCCAUAUCCAUGACUGUAACCGCAAAAGGCAGUAUUAUAUCGGAAUCUCAACGUCCAGAAGGCUUAGAGAAGAUCCGAGAACUAGAAUCAGCGGAACCAUUCAGGCGUCCAGAUAUUCCUGAACCGGUUACCAGACAGAGGCCAGUUUUCACACAACCUCUUCAAAACAUUGAUAAUAUCCAAGAAGGUCAAACUGCACACUUUGACUGCAGACUAAUUCCAGUCGGUGACCCAACACUCAAAGUGGAAUGGUUCAGAAAUGAGAAGCUUAUUGAGGACAGUUCCAGAAUAACAAAAACACACGAUUUUGGUUACGUAUCAAUGACGAUCACUCACGUGCGUGAUGAAGAUGAAGGGGUCUACAUGUGCAGAGCAUCUAAUUUACUAGGAGAAGCAGUUACUACCGCUGCUAUGAGGAUACGAACUAAAGCAGCAAUACAGAUGGAUACGCAACACCCAGAGGGCAUGAAAAAGAUCCAACAAUUAGAACAACCACAGUCAAGACGACCUGAAGAACCGGACCGCGAGUUCGAGAAACCAAUUUUCACUCAAGUUUUGACAGGACCUUCAGAGCUUUGGGAAGGACAACACGCUCAUUAUGAAGCGCGUGUAGUUCCUGUCGGUGAUCCAAGCAUGCGCUUUGAAUGGUAUAUUAAUGGCGUCGAAUUGAAAAUGGGAUCCCGAUUCCGCACAACACACGAUUUUGGCUUCGUCACGUUAGAUAUCAAUUCUGUGGUAGCACAAGAUGCCGGUUUAUACAUGUGUAAAGCUAUAAACAGAGCCGGCAGCACAGUUUCCUCUACGUCACUUAAAGUAAAGACAAAAUCAACCAUCGUAGAUCAAGCUUUGAGACCAGAAUCAUGGGAACAAAUUCAAGCCAAAGAGGCAGCGAUGAAUAGAGUUCCUGAAAUGUUUGUCGAUACAGGAGUACAGCAAGCGCCUAUUUUCACUACUCAUCUUAAGAGUUACGACAAACUGGUAGAAGGACAACAUGUCUUCUUGGAAGCACAAGUUGAACCACGUACCGACCCAAAUCUCAGAAUAGAAUGGUUCAAGAAUGGCAUAUCUCUUACUACAGGUGCGAGAUUGAAGAGUACUUUCGACUUCGGUCUUGUUACUCUUUCGAUUAACGGUCUGCGAAUAGAUGAUUCUGGCAUUUACACUUGCAAGGCGACCAAUAUGAUGGGAGAAGCAGUAUCUACAGCUUCUAUUAAGAUUGAAGACCGACAUUGGUUACUAGGGGAAUCUCUUCAUCCUGAGUCAUUAGACAGAAUUGGGGCUCUUGAACAACCUAAACCAGGCAAACCUGAAUCUCCGGAACCAGUAUAUGAGACACCUGUGUUCAUAUCACAUUUAAACAAUAUUCUCUGCAAAGAAGGAGAUAACAUUCAUUUCGAAUGCAACGUAGAACCAUCAAGAGACCCUACGCUAAAAAUUGAAUGGUUCUUCAACAAUAAGCCUUUACCUUCUGGAACGCGUUAUAAAAGUACACAUGACUUUAGCUAUGUGUCCUUGGAUAUUACGCACACCUAUGAAGAAGAUUCUGGUAUUUACACAUGUAAAGCUACCAACAGCAAAGGGUCAGCAACAACAUCAGGUUCACUGAGAUGUACAGGUGAUAAGCAUAUUUAUUUCGAUACUCAACAUCCACAAGGUAAAGCUGGAUUAGAGGCAGUCGAACAAGCUGAAGAAGCAAGGCUUUCAAAGGGUAGACGACCAUCUGUCCCUGACGCUGAAUACCCGAAACCAGAAUGGGUAGUUCAAAUUGCAUCUGAACAACAAUUGAUUGAAGGACAAGGUCUUCACCUGGAAGGUCAAGUAGAGCCUAAAAAUGAUCCUGAUCUGAAAAUAGAAUGGUACUUUAACGGUAAAGUCCUUGAGCAAGCAUCUAGAUUCAAAUUUACAAGUGAUUUUGGUUUUGUGACUUUAGAUGUAACUGAUGUUUAUGAAAGAGAUAGUGGCAUUUAUACUUGCAAGGCAUAUAACAAGAGAGGCGAAGCAUUUACAUCUUCUACAAUCUUCUGUAUCAGUAAGGAAAAUCUCAUCGAACGUACUCAACAUCCCAAGGGUACUGAAGGAUUAGAGAAAAUUCAGAAUCUCGAAGAGUCUCUACGCAGAGAACCUGGAAAAGCACCAGAUGACGAUACUGGUAGAGCUCCUGAAUUUACCACAGUUUUUAAGGAUAUCGUUGAUAUUAGUGAGGGACAGAUAGCUCACUACGAAGCAUCUCUUAUACCGACAGGUGAUCAAAGUAUGGUAAUUGAAUGGUUCUACAACGGAAAAACAAUCGAAGCUAGUCAUCGUAUUCGUACAGUUUAUGCAUUUGGCAUGGUGGUUCUAGAAAUUCUUGGAACCAAGACCACAGAUUCGGGCACUUAUUCAUGCCGAGCAACUAAUCGGUGGGGACAAGCCGAAAUAAGCGUUAGAUUAGAAUGUAUUGAUAAGAGCAAGGGUCAAAAACCGAGAUUCACCACGCACAUUCAGAGUAUCGAAGGUCUCAAGGACGGUCAAUCAGCUCACUUCGAAUGUACGGUUGUACCAGUUGAUGACCCUGACAUGAAAAUUGAGUGGUAUCACAACGGACAGCCAUUACGUCAUUCAACACGUAUCAAAAUGGUGUCAGAUUUCGGCUUUGUCGUGAUGGAUAUUUCCUAUACACAGAAUCAUGAUUCAGGUGAAUAUGUAUGUAGAGCUUAUAACAAAUAUGGCGAAGAUUUCACUAAAGCCACAAUCGGUUGUUAUGGCAGAGGAGGUGUUUAUUCAGACAGCUUGCAGCCUGAUUCUUUAGCUAAAAUAAGAGAAUUAGAAAGUAUGCAAGGUGUACAACAACAAACAACAGUAGCGGCUUCUAUGGAACCACCGAAGUUCUUAACACAAAUACAAGAUGUCACGAAGCUGGUUGAAGGUCAGAGUGCCCACUUCGAAGCUAGAUUAAUACCGGUAGAUGACCCCGACCUUAAGGUGGAGUGGUUCUAUAAUGGAAAGAAAUUGCCCCAUGGACACAGAUACAGGACUUUCCAUGAUUUUGGUAUUGUCAUAUUGGAUAUAUUGUACUGUUACGAAGAAAACUCAGGAGUAUAUGAAUGUGUUGCGACUAACAAAUUAGGAAGAGAUUCAACUAAAGCAACUCUCAAAUGUACAUCGAAGGAAAAUUUGAUCUUGGACUCGCAACUCCCGCGGGGCAUGGAAGGAGGAUUAGAGAAGUUACAAACACUCGAAGAUUCAAUGAUCCGAAGAAAAGAUACUACCAUUGAGGAAGAGAAAGGUAGAGCUCCAGUUUUCACUGUUCCUUUGUCAAACAUUGACAAUCUCAGAGAAGGGGAGAAUGCCCACUUCGAGGCGCGCUUGACGCCGACUGAUGAUCCAAAUCUGAAAGUGGAAUGGUACUGGAAUGGAAAAUCACUUAAAGCAGGAUCAAGAUUUAGAACAUUCUGCGACUUUGGCUUUGUCAUCCUUGAAAUAUCACCUACUUACCCUGAAGAUUCAGGCGAAUACCUAUGUCGGGCGUACAAUAAUUAUGGUGAAGCUGUCACAACUGCUACAAUGAAAGUACAAGGAAAGCGCAAUAUCAUCUUAGAAUCGCAAUUACCUAAGGGAAUGGAAGGUACUAUUGAUAAAAUUGCAGCACUUGAAGGCUACACUGGCACUGUGGACUCAAUGACUCCCGAAGCAGAAACCGGUAGCCCGCCUGAAUUUAUAACUACACCCUCUGACUUAGUACUAUCUGAGAAUUCAUCGGCUCACUUUGAAUGUCGACUUGUUCCUGUAAAUGAUUCGAGCAUGAGAGUAGAAUGGUUCCAUAAUGGAAAAGCUCUUUUGACUGGAUCUAGAGUAAAGACCAUUAACGACUUUGGAUUCGUUAUCCUUGAGAUUGGCGGUGUUUAUCAACGUGAUGCUGGUUUGUAUACCUGUAAAGCUACUAACCGUCAUGGUGAAGCCACUGUAUCAUGUAAACUGCAAGUCAAGGGUAGACAAGGCAUUAUACUCGAACCUCAACUUCCAUCUCAUUUCAAAUCAGGAACUGAGAGUAUCCAGAAAUUAGAGGAAACUCUGCACAAGAGAGAAGAAAUAAUGAUUGAAGACGAGAAACCUAAUCCUCCAAGAUUUACGGUUGAUAUCAAGGACAAUCUAGAUGUACCAGAAGGUGGCCCUAUACAUUUCGAUUGCAGAGUAGAACCAGUUGGAGACCCCACUAUGAGGAUUGACUGGUUUUAUAAUGGAAAAGCCUUUGCAACUGGAUCUCGUGUGCACAUGCUGAAUGAUUUUGGUUUUAUUGCUUUAGAUAUUGACUAUAUUUAUGCUCGUGAUGCUGGUGAAUACACAUGUCGAGCAACUAACAAAUGGGGUUCAGCUACAACAACGGCAAAAAUAACAUGCAGCGCUAAACGUGACAUAGUGCUCGAAUCACAACUACCACAAGGCAUGAGCGGCGAAAAGAUCAAGGAACUUGAAAGAGGACGAGUUACCGACACGCCUAAAGAUGAGCCCGUAGUUAGUUCGCCACCACGUUUCAUUACUCAAAUACAGUCACACACCGUUGAAGAAUCAGAAGGCGUACGAUUUGAAUGCAGGGUAGAACCUAAAGAAGAUCCUAAACUACGUGUAGAAUGGUACCGUAAUGGAAAACUUUUGCCAUCUGGUCACAGAUACCGUACAGUCUACGAUAUGGGAUUCGUUUCUUUGGAUAUCCUAUACGUAUACGCAGAAGAUUCUGGUGAAUAUGUUUGCCGAGCUGUAAACGAUUUCGGUGAAGAUUUCACUAAGGGAUCAAUAUCUUGCAAACAAUUACCUGAUAUUAUUUUGCAAAACCAAGUUCCUCGUGGUAUGAAGAAAUCUGAAGCAUUGACACAAAUGGAAGCGACCAUCAAGAAGUACACAUCUGAAAUAUUUUUGACUGAAGAUGACCUUUACGACGCAGAUAAAAAGCAACCCCCACGUUUUGUAACGCAAAUCCAGAGCCAAACCACCUUAGUUGAAAUGGAAUCCACUAAAUUCGAAUGUCAAUUAGCACCGGUCGGAGAUCCUAAUAUGAAAGUUGAAUGGUUCUUCAAUGGCAAACCGUUACUGCAUAAAAAUCGAUUUACUCCCAUUUACGACUUCGGCUACGUAGCGAUGAACUUUGGUUGGGUAUAUCCUGAAGAUAGUGGCGAAUACGUUUGCCGCGCUACUAAUCUUUACGGCAUGGACGAAACCAGAGCUGUUAUUAAGACAGCUGGCAAACCUGGUAUUGUAUACGACUCGCAACUUCCUAAACACAUGAAGAGUAUUGAGAAGAUCCGUGAGAUGGAAGCAUCAUGGCAAACGGCACCUGAGCAAAUUAUUGAAGAAGCGAAAGCUCGUUCAGCUCCUGUAUUCGUUAGCCGACCCGAACCUGUAACCGUUGAGGAAGGAGAAUGGGCUCGUUUUUGUUGCCGCGUUACUGGGCAUCCGAAACCACGUGUCAUGUGGCUGUUGAAUGGAAACACAAUAGUUAAUGGAUCAAGAUAUAAAUUGACAUAUGAUGGAAUGUACCAUUUCGACAUACCAAAAACUAGACAAUAUGAUACCGGCAAAAUUGAAGUUAUCGCUAGGAGCUCUGUUGGCGAGGCUUUGGCCACGACCGAACUUAAAGUAAUUCCGAGACACGACGAUUAUAGAGGAGUUUUGAAGAAUGCGCCACGACCUUGGUAUGAUGAAAUAUCACAACAACGUACUGAAACUGAACUAGAAAAAACAUUCGAAGAAAGGCAGACAUUGCAGCGCCAAGGUGUCAUUGAUCAUAGGCCUGAAUUGAAACCUAAAAUCAUCAAGGAACCGGAAACUGAAUGGCAACAAACAGUCAAAAAGAAGAAGGGUGAAGAAUACUACAACAAACUUCAAGAACUUGAAAAUGAGCAAGUUGUCAAGGAAAGCAGGCUGAGAGAAUCAACUCAUCAAUAUGCCAUUCCAGGAGAAAAAAUAGCUAGCAGCUCUAUUGCAAAAGGCAUGGCUCAGAGAUACGAAGAUAGCUUAGAACAAACUGAAGAAGUGGUGGAACAACAAGUCCAUAAGCGUGUUGUCCAGAAACCGAGGAUUCCAGAUCCAUCUGAAUCUACUGUUCAUGGGAAAGAAGUGCAUGUAGCCAAACAGAAACAAAUUCAAAAAGAGGUUGUUGGUGAUACGGAGAUAACUCGAAAGAUUACAUCGACCGAAACUACUGAAGUAGAACACAAAGCGCAAACCCAAGAGAGAGUGGUUGAAGGGCCCGUAAAACCAAGUAAGCCUCCAGUGUUCACGAGAAAAAUGCAGCCUUGUCGCGUAUUUGAACAUGAGCAAGCUCGUUUUGAGGUGGAGUUCGAUGGUGAACCACUGCCUACAAUUAAAUGGUACCGCGAAAACUUCCCAAUUAAAAACUCACCUGACUUCCAAAUUCAUACUUUUAGCACUAAAUCUAUUCUUAUUAUCAGACAAGUGUUUGUCGAAGACUCUGCUGUAUUCGCAGCUGUAGCUGAGAAUAGAGGAGGGACCGCUAAAUGUAGUGCCAACUUAGUUGUGGAAGAGCGUAGGCGCCAAGGCAGAGGCGGAGUUAUUCCACCUAGCUUUACACUCACUGCCCAGAACGUGAAUGUAGUUUCAGGCCAACUCGUCAGAUUUGAUACAAAGGUAACAGGAACGAAACCAAUCGAUGUAUAUUGGCUGAAAAAUGGUAAGAAAGUGCAACCCGACAUAAGGAACAAAAUUUUAGAAGAAGAUGGUACAUACACACUUUUAAUUCUUGAAGCAUAUCCUCAAGAUUCUGGCAAAUAUGAAUGUGUUGCUAUCAAUAGUGCAGGUGAGGCGAGAUGUGACGCUGAAUGUUUAGUAAAUGCUCCAGCAACUAAAGAAAAGCCUAAACCUCAAACUAAAGCCGCUAAUGCUCCUCCUGAAAUUAUUGAACCUCUCAAAGACAAAGUUGUCACUGAAGGUCAAGCAAUAGAAUUUGGCUGUAAAAUUGUUGGAAAACCAACGCCAACUGUGCAGUGGUACAAAGGAGAUAAGCUGAUAAAACCGUCGAAAUACUUUCAAAUGUCAAGAGCUGCUGAUGAAUACACCCUUAGAAUUUCGGAGGCGUUCCCUGAGGAUGAAGGCGAUUAUAAAUGUGUGGCAUACAACUCUGCUGGGCGCGUGACUGUUGCCGCCAAAUUGAAGGUUACUCAGCCAGAUCAAGCCGAUAACUUGCCUACUCUUACUCCUCUUCGUGAUAUUGUAGUUAUGGAAGGUCAACCAGCUCAAUUUAAGACCCACAUCACAAGCAAAGUCAAACCUACCAUUCAGUGGCUUCGCGAAGGAGCACUAAUUCCUGAGACUCCGGAUUUCCAGAUGAUCCACGAGGGCAACAACGCCGUACUGCUAAUUGGCAACACUUACGAGGAAGACACCGGCAUAUUCACUUGCCGCGCCACCACCGCCGCCGGCCAGGUUGAGACCUCGGCAAAGCUAGUCGUCAAAAAAUCACGAAAAACUGUAAUGCAAAAGAAAUUUCAAGAUAAGACCGAAGUCACUUCAGAAACGUCUCAAGAUGGGACCAUCACCACAAACAGAGCUUUAUAUCAAUCCACAGAAGAAUCAAGUAUUCUCAAAUUACAAAGUUCUCAAGAUGUAGAGACAAAGAAAAUGGCACAUCAUGUCCCAUGGCGAAGGAAGAGUCAAAUAGAUACUGUUCAAGUAACAAAAGAGGAAAAGUUAGAGGUUAAAUCUUGGCGAAAGCCUCGUCAAGAAGAGAUCAAAUCAGUUCAAGACAUAACAACGACAGAAGACUCAAACAUUUUAUCUGUAGACAGAAAAGAAACGACAGAAACAGAUAAAAUAGAAAAAGUUAAAGAUGACUUAACUACUAAACAUUGGAGAAAACCUAGAAUGGAUAAAAGUAUCGACCAGGUCGAAACAACAACGCUUACCGAAGACUCUACAAUGUUACAUACCCAAAAAAAGGAAAUUUUGGAAAAAGAAUCCAAAGAAGAAACUCUAGAAGUAAAAUCUUGGCGGAAACCUCGAAAACAAGAUAUAUCGGCUCCUAAAGUUAAGACCGAUGAAAUAGUACUGGAAACCUUGGAACGGUCUCAAAAUACGGAUACAACGCAUCUGCGGAAGCCACAAUCUGAAGAGAGAAAACUUAUUACAACUGAAGAGGAAAUCUCAACAGAAACAAGGCGUAAACAAAGGAUGGAAGAUGUAACUCCGAAACAAGAAAGAAAAGAAAGUAUUCCGUGGACACAAGAAAGCAUCCGAUUACGACCAACAAAGGUCGAGAAAACGCAAAUUGUAAAAGAAAAAAUUGAAGACGUCUCUCUUAAACCAAUUCGAAGGGAAUCAACACAAAAAGUCGAAACAUUAGUGGUAGAAGAAUCACUAACUCGAGAAGAAGAUACAAUCGUAUUGAAGAUAUCAGAAACGGAAUCUCUGCAACCAUCAGACGAAGUUCAGUGGAGAACAAGUAAGAGGCGUCCAAAAGAUGAGGCACCAAAAGAUGAAACUGUCUUAAAGUUGGUACCUCAACAGAAGGCCCCUGAAGAAGAAAAAUCAGAGGUUCAAUCGAAACUGGUUAAAAUGCCAAAACCUGUAGAGGAAGUCAAACCACAAGAGGUUCAAUGGCGUACUGGGAAACAGAAACCGAAAGAGGAAGAAGCAAAAGAAGAAAUGGUCUUGAAGCCAGUACCAUUACAGAAAAAACCUGAGAAAGAGAAAGCCGAAGAAGUUCAGCUAAAACCGGUAAAGAAACAAAAACCUGUGGAAGAAGAAAAGCCCGAAGAAGUCAAAUGGCCUACUGGAAAAAGACGACCAAAAGAAGGAGAACCGUUAGAAGAAGUUACCCUGAAGCCAAUACCUAAGCAGAAAGUGCCUGAGGAAGAAAAACCUGAAGAGAUUCAGUUAAAACAGGUGAAGAAGCCACAGCCAAUAGAAGAAGACAAACCACAGGAAGUUACAUGGCGCACAGAAAAACGACUACAGAAACAAGAGGAACCAACGGAAAAAGUAAUUCUGAAACCGGUACCUAAGCAGAAAACGUCAGAGGAAGAGAAGCCUGAGGAAAUUCAGCUUAAACCGGUGAAGAAACAAAAACCUGUGGAAGAAGAAAAGCCUGAAGAAGUCAAAUGGCCUACUGGAAAAAGACGUCCGAAAGAAGAAGAACCGAAAGAAGAAGUUACUCUGAAACCAAUACCUAAGCCGAAAGUGCUCGAAGAGGAAAAACCAGAAGAGGUUAAAUUGAAACCGGCAAAAGAAGAAAAGCCAGUAGAAGAGGAAAAACCCCAGGUUGCUCAAUGGCGAACUGGAAAGAGGCAUCCUAAGGAAGAGGAGCCGAAAGAAGAAGUGGUUCUGAAGCCGGUUACUAAGGAGAAGAAAUCAGAGGAAGAGAAGCCUGAAGAAAUUCAACUUAAACCGGUAAAGAAACAAAAACCUGUGGAAGAAGAAAAGCCUGAAGAAGUCAAAUGGCCUACUGGAAAAAGACGUCCAAAAGAAGAAGAACCGAAAGAAGAAGUUACUCUGAAACCAAUACCUAAGCCGAAAGUGCUCGAAGAGGAAAAACCAGAAGAGGUUAAAUUGAAACCGGCAAAAGAAGAAAAGCCAGUAGAUGAGGAAAAACCCCAGGUUGCUCAAUGGCGAACUGGAAAGAGGCAUCCUAAGGAAGAGGAGCCGAAAGAAGAAGUGGUUCUGAAGCCGGUUACUAAGGAGAAGAAAUCAGAGGAAGAGAAGCCUGAAGAAAUUCAACUUAAACCGGUAAAGAAACAAAAACCUGUGGAAGAAGAAAAGCCUGAAGAAGUCAAAUGGCCUACUGGAAAAAGACGUCCGAAAGAAGAAGAACCGAAAGAAGAAGUUACUCUGAAACCAAUACCUAAGCCGAAAGUGCUCGAAGAGGAAAAACCAGAAGAGGUUAAAUUGAAACCGGCAAAAGAAGAAAAGCCAGUAGAAGAGGAAAAACCCCAGGUUGCUCAAUGGCGAACUGGAAAGAGGCAUCCUAAGGAAGAGGAGCCGAAAGAAGAAGUGGUUCUGAAGCCGGUUACUAAGGAGAAGAAAUCAGAGGAAGAGAAACCUGAAGAAAUUCAGCUUAAACCUGUGAAGAAACCAAAAACUGUGGAAGAAGAAAAACCUGAAGAAGUCAAAUGGCCUACUGGAAAAAGACGUCCAAAAGUAGAAGAACCGAAAGAAGAAGUAACUCUAAAACCAAUACCUAAGCCGAAAGUGCUCGUAGAGGAAAAACCAGAAGAGGUUCAAUUGAAACCGGCAAGAGAAGAACAGCCAGUAGAAGAGGAAAAACCCCAGGUUGCACAAUGGCGAACUGGAAAGAGGCGUCCCAAGGAAGAGGAGCCGAAAGAAGAAGUGAUUCUGAAGCCGGUUACUAAGGAGAAGAAAUCAGAGGAAGAGAAGCCUGAAGAAAUUCAGCUUAAACCUGUGAAGAAACCAAAAACUGUGGAAGAAGAAAAGCCUGAAGAAGUCAAAUGGCCUACUGGAAAAAGACGUCCAAAAGUAGAAGAACCGAUAGAAGAAGUAACUCUAAAACCAAUACCUAAGCCGAAAGUGCUCGAAGAGGAAAAACCAGAAGAGGUUAAAUUGAAACCAGCAAAAGAAGAACAGCCAAUAGAAGAGGAAAAACCCCAGGUUGCACAAUGGCGAACUGGAAAGAGGCGUCCCAAGGAAGAGGAGCCGAAAGAAGAAGUGGUUCUGAAGCCGGUUACUAAGGAGAAGAAAUCAGAGGAAGAGAAGCCUGAAGAAAUUCAGCUUAAACCUGUGAAGAAACCAAAACCUGUGGAAGAAGAAAAGCCUGAAGAAGUCAAAUGGCCUACUGGAAAAAGACGCCCUAAAGAAGAAGAACCGAAAGAAGAAGUUACCCUGAAACCAAUACCUAAGCAGAAAGAGCCUGAGGAUAAAAAACCAGAAGAGGCUAAAUUGAAACCGGCAAAAGAAGAAAAGCCAGUAGAAGAGGAAAAACCCCAGGUUGCUCAAUGGCGAACUGGAAAAAGGCGUCCCAAGGAAGAGGAGCCGAAAGAAGAAGUGGUUCUAAAGCCGGUUACUAAGGAGAAGAAAGCAGAGGAAGAGAAGCCUGAAGAAAUUCAGCUUAAACCUGUGAAGAAACAAAAACUUGUGGAAGAAGAAAAGCCUGAAGAAGUCAAAUGGCCUACUGGAAAAAGACGUCCAAAAGAAGAAGAACCGAAAGAAGAAGUUACUCUGAAACCAAUACCUAAGCCGAAAGUACUCGAAGAGGAAAAACCAGAAGAGGUUAAAUUGAAACCGACAAGAAAAGAACAGCCAGUAGAAGAGGAAAAACCCCAGGUACCUCAAUGGCGAACUGGAAAGAGGCGUCCUAAGGAAGAGGAGCCGCAAGAAGAAGUGGUUCUGAAACCGGUUACUAAGGAGAAGAAAUCAGAGGAAGAGAAGCCUGAAGAAAUUCAGCUUAAGCCUGUGAAGAAACCAAAACCUGUGGAAGAAGAAAAGCCUGAAGAAGUCAAAUGGCCUACUGGAAAAAGACGUCCAAAAGAAGAAGAACCGAAAGAAGAAGUAACUCUAAAACCAAUACCUAAGCCGAAAGUGCUCGAAGAGGAAAAUCCAGAAGAGGUUAAAUUGAAACCGGCAAGAGAAGAACAGCCAGUAGAAGAGGAAAAACCCCAGGUUGCACAAUGGCGAACUGGAAAGAGGCGUCCCAAGGAAGAAGAGCCGAAAGAAGAAGUGGUUCUGAAGCCGGUUACUAAGGAGAAGAAAUCAGAGGAAGAGAAGCCUGAAGAAAUUCAGCUUAAACCUGUGAAGAAACCAAAACCUGUGGAAGAAGAAAAGCCUGAAGAAGUCAAAUGGCCUACUGGAAAAAGACGCCCAAAAGAAGAAGAACCGAAAGAAGAAGUUACCCUGAAACCAAUACCUAAGCAGAAAGAGCCUGAGGAUAAAAAACCAGAAGAGGCUAAAUUGAAACCGGCAAAAGAAGAACAGCCAGUAGAAGAAGACAAACCACAGGACGUUCAAUGGCGAACCGGAAAGAGGCGUCCGAAGGAAGAGAAACCGAAAGAAGAAGUGAUUCUAAAACCGAUACCUAAGCAGACGGCACCUGAGGAAGAGAAACCUGAAGAAGUUCAGCUGAAACCAGUAAAGAAACAGAAACUAGUGGAAGAAGAAAAGCCUAAGGAAGUCAAAUGGCCUACUGGAAAAAGGCGUCCAAAGGAAGAGGAACCGAAAGAAGAAGUGAUACUGAAACCGGUACCCAAGCAGAAGGCAAACGAGGAAGAAAAGCCUGAAGAACUUCACCUGAAACCGGUGAAAAAGCAAAAACCUGUGGAAGAAGAAAAGUCUGAAGAAGUUAAAAUGCCUACUGGAAAAAGGCAUCCAAAGGAAGAAGAACCAAAAGAGGAAGUAAUCCUUAAACCAAUACCACAGCAAAAGACCCCUGAAGAGAUAAAACCUGAAGAAGUACAGCUGAAGCCAGUGAAGAAACAAAAACCCAUGGAAGAAGAAAAGCCUGAUGAAGUUAAAUGGCCUACUGGAAAAAGACGUCCAAAAGAAGACGAACCGAAAGAAGAAGUUACCCUGAAACCAAUACCUAAGCAGAAAGAGCCUGAGGAUAAAAAACCAGAAGAUGUUAAAUUGAAACCGGCAAGAGAAGAACAGCCAGUAGAAGAAGACAAACCACAGGAAGUUAAAUGGCGUACAGGAAAACAACGACCCAAAGAAGAGGAAACAAAGGAAGAAGUUGUUCUAAAGCCGGUGCCUACGCAGAAGUCUCCUGAGGAAGAGAAGCCUGAAGAAGUUCAGCUUAAACCGGUGAAGAAACAAAAAUCAGUUGAAGAAGAAAAGCCCGAGGAAACCAAAUGGCCAACUGGCAAAAGACGUCCAAAGGAAGAAGAACUGAAAGAAGAAGUUACCCUGAAACCAAUACCUAAACAGAAAGUGCCUGAGGAGGAACAACCUAAAGAUGUUCAGUUGAAACCAGUAAAGAAACCACAGCCAGUAGAAGAAGACAAACUACAGGAAGUUAAAUGGCGCACAGGAAAACGGCAGACAAAAGAAGAGGAAACAAAGGAAGAAGUAGUUCUGAAAUCGGUACCUAAGCAGAAGUCUCCUGAGAAAGAGAAACCUGAAGAAGUUCAGCUUAAACCGGUGAAGAAACAAAAAACUGUGGAAGAAGAAAAGCCCGAGGAAACCAAAUGGCCAACUGGCAAAAGACGUCCAACGGAAGAGGAACCAAAGGAAAAAGUAGAUCUCAAGCCUAAAUCCAAGCAAGAACCUUCUGAGGUGGACGUGAAGCCUGACGAAGUUCGGUUAAAACCAGUACAAAAAGAACCUUUAAUAGAAGAAAGUAAAGUGGUUGAAGAAAUUAUUGAAGAAAAUAAACAGAAAAAGGUAACUGAAACUAAGCCAGAUAUCACGAUGGAGGAAGAAGUUACGAGAGUGAUCAAGCACAAGAAAACUGUCAAGAAACAAGAUAAAAAGAAAGAAGUCGGCCCAAUUAUAAUAACCCCUAUUACGGCCCAGCACGUGAAGGAAAGCGAUGAUUUCGAACUUAGCGUAGUCUUCGACACUGACGUUAAUAGCAAAUUGACAUGGUAUCGCAAUAACCAAGUUCUGGAGCCCAAUUAUGACUGUAUAAUUAAUACAGAAUCUAAUAGAUCCACCAUUAAAGUCUUAAACACAGAUAAAAAGAAGACCGGCAAAUACGAAGUAGUAAUUGAAUCUGAUAAUAAAAUAGUGAAGUCGGCCAGUUCAGUAAAAUUACUUAAACCAUUUGAAGAAGACCAGAUCAAUCCACCUAUAUUUAAAAGGCAACUCCAGCCCAAGAAAAUUUAUUUAGGUGACAUCGUACUAUUAGAAGUGGAAGUAAUGUCGAGUCCGAGUGCGUCUUUUGUAUGGUUUAUAGAUACUAAAGAGGUUACAUCGCUAAUCAAAGAGAAUAAACUAAACAACGUUUAUGUUACAAAUAGAAUGAAUGUAUCUUGUUUGUGCAUUGAAAAUAUAACAGAGGAUUUGGUGGGCGUUAUAACAUGUAGAGCAGAAAAUUUUGCUGGGUCAAUAUCAAGUUCGGCAUCUCUUAUUAUUUCUGAAGAUGUACAGCCAGAUUUAAUAGGUCAACCACCCGAGUUUAUCAAUCCCCUGAGAUCAUCCACUAUCAUGGAUGGUGAGCCGAUCAUAUUGUCUUGCGAAAUUACUGGAAAACCUUGGCCUAAAAUUGAGUGGUAUAGAAACGAUGAAAAUAUUAAAAAAGCUAGAGAUGUUGUUUUUGCCCGCCAAGUGUCCGGGCUAUGUGAAUUGUGUAUUAAAGAAGCAUUUCCUGAAAUGUCAGGGAAAUACAGCUGUGUAGCAACCAACACACUGGGCUCAGCAAUCAGCGAAUGUAUAGUAAACGUAGAAGCUUAUGAAUACGUGGCUAGUGCAUCCGAAGAGGAUAUACUAAGCGAUGAGAAAACUAGUGACAUUGAAGAAUUUGCACCUCGUAUUGUAAAGGCCUUACCAACGGUAGUAUCCAGUAACGAAGGAGAACUAACCAGAUUGGAAGCGAAAGCGAUAGGUGUUCCAAAACCACAAAUAAGAUGGAUGAAACAAGGCGUCGAAAUAAAACAAUCGCAAGAAUAUCAAAUAGAGGAAAUGGAUGAUGGCACUUCAAUACUUAUAAUACCAGAAGUGUAUCAAGACGACACGGGUGAAAUUAAAUUCGAAGCAUACAAUCCUCUUGGCGUUACCUGUACUAUAGCGGCGUUGUCUGUUUCGAGCAUAAUGGGAACGAAAGAAUACAGGAAGCCAGAAUGGGUAACGCAUAUGGAGGAGUUACAAGCCGCACUAAAAGCGACUCAAUCGGUGCCAACUUUCGUGAAGGACAUAUUAGGUGAACGUGUACAUGAAAAUGAUACGGUGACCUUUGAAGCAAUCUACAGUGGAAAUCCCGUACCAGAAAUAUUAUGGUAUAAAGACGAUAAAGUGAUAAGAACGGACGAACGUUUCGAAAUAAUUAAUGAGAAUAAUCGCACCACCUGCACUAUCCGAAGUGCUAGUAAAGAAUUCGAAGGAACAUAUAUGUGUAAAGCGGUCAGUGACAUAGGAAUGGCAAUCACAAAAGCGAAAUUGCAGGUAUUCGAUAGAGGAGUAAAGAUUAAAAAGCAAACUGCAAAAGAAGUUAAAGAAAAAAUUAAAAAAGAAAAAGUUGUGAAACGUGAAGAUACGUUCGUUGAAAAGGAGUCGGCUAAGGAACUCACCGAAGACCUGCUGGAACCAGCUACUAUUACAGCAGUUGAACCAAUUAAUGAAUCAUUGCCGCUGCCAGAAGUAAAAGAAAAGAAAGCCAAAGUAAUUGUUAGUGAAGCAGAGCAUGUAGAAACAACUGAUGUAGCUUCAUACAAGAAAAUUGACAAAAAAACAAAAUCUCAGCCUAUGUCAGAAAACGUGGAACCAGUUGUAACACCUCAUGAUUAUUUAAUAUCACUGCAACAGCAAAAAGAGGAAACAGCUCAACCUCUAGAAAGCGACUUCUUUGAAAAACAAAAAGGCAUCAUAAAAAUGGUCGAUACAGAUUCUCGAGUCGUUGCAGAAAUAAAUGAAUUGCUUGAAGUAAUUAAUGCUAAAGAAUUCGGUCCUGGUGAAUCCCCACUACGUGAACUAGCCAAGAUUGGUUACAUGUUAAGGCGUGGUGUAACAAUUAAUGAAAUAGAGAGUUUGUAUGACUCGGAAUACUUUCCUGCUCUGCGGAUCCCACAGUCACAAUCAGCAUUGGUGCAAUUAGUAGAGCGUCAAGGACACGGUACGCUUAUUACAGAAGUACUUACUGAAGAAACUGCUCAAGAUGAAAACAUUAUCGCUGCAAAAGUGGGCUUCCGGGCUUUCUUGAAAAUGGUAGAAAUGAAGCAUUCUUCAGUUGAGGAAGUUAUAGCUCACUUUUACCCGGAGGAUUUCAAACCUCGAUCCUGGGAACAACGAGAAGCUAAUGAAGUUAUUGUCGAAACAUCCGCUGAACUAUGUGCAGAAUCACAUAUGCCAACAGUAUUAAAAGACGACACAACAGUAACAAAGGAACGAGAUAUUAAAGAAAAGGGGAAGAAAGAUCGAAAAAUUAAAAUAUUAGAACAAGAAAUUGUUCAAAUUGGCGAAGAAUCAGAAGAACAAACACGAGUAAUACAAACGUCAAGAUCCAAAGAAAUAAUAGAACAUUACGAUGAAGAUAAUACUGGAACAUUCGAAAUGGAACACAUCCCUUAUAUAAAGUCUGUCGCUGCUGAUAUUUCUGAAAAUAGAAUUGAAGUGAUUCCAUCAAGUGAAGUUUCACAUAUUUUAUCUACCAAGGCAGACGAUAUCACAGCAAAUGUUAAAAUAGAUACCAGUUACCCUAUUAUCAAUGAAACUCAAGAAUUACAUGAGAAUGAAACUCCGUUGCUGAUAAAGGAAAGCACUACCAUGAAUAUUAAGUCAUCCAUAUCCGAAGUGUUGCCAUUAGAAGUUAUUGAAGUGGAAGUCAAAAAUUCUUUGGAAGAAUAUAUAUCUAAGCCCGUGAAUCAAACUAAAGCGAUAAAAUCAAUUGCUCCUGUCGAAGGAGUAAUCACUUCUGAAGUUCUUAGUAGUACCAAUGUUGCUGAAUUAGUAAAAGAUGAAAAACAGUUACAGAAGGCCAAGCAAGACUUGAUGCUUAAAGACGCUCUAAAUGUAUCAGAAAAUAUAGCUUCUGAUAAAGAAGCAAGUUUUACGGAUAUAAAGGUUAAAAAAUCUAAUGCCGCCGUGACAUUUUCUCCUAUGAUAGGAUUAAAUGUAACAGAAAUCAAAGACGAACUUAAAGAACAUGAAAUUGUAGAUCUUGCAAAUGAAAAAACUGCUGUUUCUAAACUUAAUUUUAAUUUAUUCGAAGGAUUAGAGAUAGGUGAAGUUUACGUAGAAGAUAAAUCGGGAAAAUACUACCCAGAGCUAAUAGUUCCAACUGAAACUGCUAAAAAGGAAGUUAUUGUUUCAAACCAAAUAUUGACAGAAAUACAAAAUAUUCAAGAAAAGGAAGGUUCAUUAUCAGCAAUAAAGAUACCACCUAUGCAAGAAGCCAAUAUUGAUAUUACUUCAAAAGAUAGUUUCGUUGUUAGUAUCAAACAAUCACAUGAAAAAGAAGAUGAACUCUUCAUUGACGAGACUCCAGCAAAAAUAUCUUUAGAUGAAGAAAUUAUUUUACAUUCAAGCUUGGAUGCGUCUUCUGUCACAGCACAUUUUAAAGAAAAAGAAUUCGCCAUUCAGCCAAUUGUAACUAAAAAAGCUAUCGUAGGAGUAAAUGAGCAUCACCAUAAAUUCAACAUAGAAACUAAUGUUCAUGAUUCUGAAUUAAUACUUGAAAAGGAUAACCCAUCUUAUGGCCAUAAAGCUGAUGUGACUGUAUCGGUUUUGGAUAAACAUAUUGUUGAAGAAGUACAUGUCAACGAAAGUGAAAAAGAUCUAAUAAUUAAGGAUGAUCUACAUACAGUUAUGGCUGAUUUAGAUAUUGAUACUAUGCAACCAAUAAUUACCUCUGAAGUCAUGCAAAUUACAUCUAUCGCUAACCUUGAAAAUUUUGAGAAAAUUAACAACGAAUCUGCUACCGAAACUUUAGUUACUACUAGUGCUAAAAUAAUUGAAUCACCAAUGAUUCAUGAACAAGAAGUUAAGGAAGACUAUGUCAUGAAAAUGCCUCAAAACGUAACAACUAAUGUAGUGCCUAAUUUGUCAUUAACGGUUUCGGCAACCGAAAUAUCAGAAAGUGAGAAUAAACUACCAAUUGAAAAAAUCCCAGAAACACUUAACGCAAAACCAACACCUACGCAUAAUUUGAAAACAUCUAUAUCUCAUGAAAUAACAACAGCAGAUCAAAUCGAUUUCAUUAAGGCUGCUGAAAUCAUAAAAGAAAAAGCAAGCGAACAGACAGACUUGCAAAAGGAAAUAACAAUUUUACAGACAACAAUUGACGAACAAAUACAAAAUUUGGAAAAAGAAAACACAACACAUGGAAAAGCAACUUCAACUUUUGUCGAGGAAGAAAGUUUAAAUGUCACCGAAGUCAUUUUAAGCACCGCUGAAGGAAGUUUCAAAACAGAAUCAUUACAACCAAACAAUUUUGCUAAAUUGGAUAUAGAUGUAGACCACAGAAUUGCUUUGACAUCUGAAGUGAAUCCGGAGGACGUAAUAAAUAAUUUAGAAUCACUUAAACCAAAAUUACAAGAAGCUCAUAUGAGCUCUGAUGUUCAAACUUCAAUUGAGGUAUCAGAAAACCGAGUUUUAGACAGCCAAUCAAUAUUACCUAAUGAUGUAAAACCGGAACAUAAAACCAUCGAACCUCAUUUUAUUACAAGUGAUGAAACAGUAAGCAUCACAGAAAUUUUACAACAUGAAAAAGAAGAAGAUUAUGAACGAAAAACUUGUCCUGAAACAUACGUAGCUUCUACUGAUUUCGAAGGACGCCCAGUAGCAAUACUCUCCGAAUAUGUCACAGAUUCAAGUCUUGGCAUUGCAGAAAAAGGAAACAUUGAAAUUCAAUCAAAACGAGCAAAGAUUGAGAGCAUUCCUUAUAAAGAAAUUAUUAUAAGUACCCCAAAUUCACAUGAAAAAGAAUGUAUUUUAGAAGAAGAAUUGAAGCCGACCACGUUUAUGGCAUCAUGUGAUAUCGGCUCAAAACAAGCAAUUAUCAUUGAAGAAACAAAGCCUGAAUCUCCGAUUACUCCUUUACAUAAGAUAGAUAGUGUUCUCCUCGCAAAUGCAAAGGAAGGUACUAUUGCAAAAGAAGCAAUCAUUCAACAAGAAACUAUAGCCCACUCGUCAGAAACUGAAUUGAUAACGAAAGCAACAGACAUAGUCUUAAAACCAAACGUAUCUUUAACAACUAUGCAAGCCCCUGAAUACAAAGAAAAUUUAUUAAUUGAAAGUGAAGAUAACUUUCUUACGCCUAACGUACCUGACCAGCAAAAAGCAGACUUUUCAUUACCUGUUGAUCAUGAAUUACAAACCUCAGAAAUUUUAUCACAAUCUGAUAAUCUUGUAGGUACUAAAGAUUUUGAAGUAUCUUAUAAAAAGGCUUUAACAAAAGUAGAUGAAAUAUAUGGCAAAGCAGCUCAUACACAAGAAGUUAUUGUAAAUCAGCAAGCUGAGGAAUUCAAAAAUGAAAUUCAUGUCGAACAAAAAUCGAAUGUUAAUACUGCUUCUUCGUUUAUUACACUUGAACAAACAGAAGUUAUAUCUGCAGAUAAAGAAAUACCUUUAAAGGAAGAGAAACCCAAACAAUCCAAUAUCACACCAGAAUAUACAGAAAAAGAAGCAGUUGUUACAAGUAAUGUUGAAGCUAUUCACAAAGAGCAACAUUUUGAAGGCAGUUUCUCUGUUUCUAAGCGGGAGGCGUCAAUAAGUUUUGUACCUUUUAAUACUACCACAAACUCGGUAAUAUUAUUAUCUAGCACAACUAAAGACUUACAACAAACAUCACCGACUACAUCUGAAGCCGAUGUAAUGCCUUUAGAAAUGCAAAAACAUGUACAAGAAACCGAAAUAUUGUUAGCAGAAAAAGAAUCUGAACUAAAACCGACAAUUAAAGAUCUGCAUAUGGCAUCACCAAAAGUUUUUGAACAAUUAGCACAUGAAAUAACUGAAGUUAAUUUAAUGGAAACGGAGAACAACUUGAAAGACACUAAAGAAAUACAAGGUAAACAAGCGCAAAAAUCUAUUACUGAGCAGCAAUCACUGAUUAAUACUGAAAUCGUUGCCACUCAGGACAGUCAAGAUAUAAUUGCACCAAAUCAAUCAUUCGAUAAUGCUCACAUCAGCCAAGGGUCCCAAGAGGCAGUACAAAAAACAGAACCAUUCGUGGGUGAACAGGAACAAAUAUUAAAAAUUGAAAAACUCGAUAAAAAAGUAUCAAAAGAAUUAAUUGAUGCUUAUAAGUCAGUUGACAUAACAGAAGUAAUAUUAACGGACUCAGAGAAACCUCUGCAAAACCCAUCAUUAAUAAAGUCUAAAAUAUCCAACGCUGAAUUUGAAGAAAAUCGCUCUAUUCGUGUUUCUGAAGUAACGGUAACAGAAGCAGAACAACUUUUGACAGAAACGAUACCUGAAAGAAAACAUUUAAUACCAUCACAUGAUUUAAAUUUACACUUAAGUUUAGACACAAAUGAAAACAUUAUAAAUGAAGGUGAAAGCCCUUUGAUAAUUGAAAAUACUCAGAAGUCACAGCGAGCUGGAUUAAUAAUUGAACCUCAACAACACUUAACUGUCAUUGAUAAUGAAAUAAGGGAACAAGAAGGGAUUAUCAAGACAGAACCGAUAUCAAAAAUAGAUGGUCAAAAUUUAGAAGUCAAAGCCUCCCAUCAUAUAACGACUGUUGAAACUGUAGUAGUUGAAGAUAGUUCUGAUUUUAAUAAACAGAAUAUAUCUAAAGAAGAAACUGCUAAAACAUCCCAAUAUUUUACAGAAGCACUAUAUCAAGAACAACAACAAAUAAUUGAACAGACCAAUGAAUUACCAUCAAUGCUACAGAAACCUAAAUCUCAAGCUGAGCAAAAUAUUGAAGGCUUAAAGCCAUUACAACAAUCAGUUACAGUUCCGGAAGAAAUAUCUGACACCUUCAUGAAGUUUAUUGAUAAGGAAGAAACUGCGUCAGUAUCCCAAAUAACAUUGAAGGAAUUAGUAAGCGGACAAACACAAGUUAUGGAAACUGCUUCAAAUUUAUUUUGUAAUUAUGAAUUGGAAAAAAAUCAAGCAGAUUUUCAAUUAGAGCUUCAUAAAUCUUACGCCAUUAUAGAAAACACGACUAAUGAAUUUCCUGAUUCUUUAAAUCCAUUAGAAAAAGAAUCUAGAAUAGCGCAUGAAAUGGUUAUUGAUUUUAAGCCAUUAAAUCAAACAGAAACAAUACCAACUGAAACCUUAAACGACUUCUUGAAGAUUAAACUGGAUAAAAAAGAAAAAGCAGAGACUAGUCACACAACAUUACAAGAAAUGUAUAUCGCUAAGCCCGAUGUAGUCGAACACGUUAAAGAAUUAACAUCAAGUUAUAUCCCAGAAAAAAACAAAGCGUUAUUAGAAAUAGAAACACAUAAAACUUACACAAUUUCUGAAAAUGUUACAGGCGAAUUUUCUGAAAAUAUUGUUUGUAAAGAACAGAUUCAAAAUCAAGGAACGUUACAAGUUCUAGAUUUAAAACCUUUAGAACAAACCGAAGUAAUACCAAGUGAAAAUACAGAAAAUGUAAAAGAUAUUUACAAAUCGGAGGGAAAAACUAUUCUCCCAAAGCAUACAGAAAUGCAUCCUAUAACUUUAAGUAAUAUCAUUGUACAUGAGGAUGAAGUAGAAAGAACAAUUGAAAAACCAUCGAAGAAGGAAAAAGCUGAAGCUUCGUUUGAUACAGUAGAAGGGUUAUCAGUAUAUGAAAUAACAGAGGAAGAUUCAGAAAGCAGUUUUCUAUCAAGCAUAGGUAAAUCAGUAACUGCUGAAAAAUCGAUUACACCAAUGACACAUCUGCAAUGUACUGAAAAUAUAACAGAAUUACAGGCAGAUGAAUUCACGUCAUUAAAAACAGAAUCUAAAACACCAAAAUUGACGCCCUCAAUAAUAUCACCAUUGAUAGUAACAGACAACACAAUACUGCAAAAAGAAACAAACUUUCAUAUUACAAAACCAAAGAAACAAACAACACAAAAAGGUUUACACAUAGCAAACGAAGUUGAAGUAACAACCAAAUUUGUAGAUGAACAGACUAUACCUAUACCCGAAAAUACUGAAAAAUUAUUCUCUAUAAUAAAUGCGAAAACUUCUGAAGAUCAUCAUCAUAAAGUGGCGAUUACAAAGCAAAAUACUUACAUAGCAGACGUAACUGAAGAUUUGCAGCAAUCCCCAAAAUCAUCAGAUUUCGAAGAAACAGAAGAAAUUAUAACUAAGUUCUCUAAAUCAACCGAAAACGGAGAACCAAAACAAACAAAGACUAAACGAACCAUUCUCAGGAAAAAGAAGAGUGACACAAAGCACAGAGAUGAAGGUGAUGUAGUAAUAGAAGAAACUUUAGACGAUGAUGAGAUGAUUCUGCCUAAAAUCGAGACCAAACAUGAUGUGGAUAUAGAAGAAUAUGAAGGUGAUGAAAAUAUUUUAGAAGACUCAGAAAAAAGCACAAUAGAAAUGCCGGAUGAAACAUAUACAAUACCAAAAAUGUUGACACAGGUAAAAAUUGAGGAAAUGAUAGAAGAAGAAAAAAUUACAGCAUCAGAAGAGAGUGAUACAAACAUCCCCCAUAAAGAACAAAAGACAAAAAAGAAAAUUUCUCGUAAUAAAAAAGUUACAGAAAAGGCGAACACCGAGACAAAAGAAGAAAAUUUGCCAAUAAAUAUAGUAGAAUUGCCAGAAGAAACAGACAUCAUAGAAACUAUAACACCACUAGGUGACAAAAUUCAGAAAAAGAUUACUAAGCGUAUAAUCAAAAAGAAAGUAGGGCCUAAAAUAGAAACCACUGAAAUUGUCACAGAAAAAGAAGACGAUAAACAACCUGUCAUAUCGGUACACACAACGGAAGAAUUCGCAGAUGAUGAUACAAAACCAUUCGAGACGAUUUAUGAAAAAGAUUCAGCAACUGUAGUCGAAGAGCCAGAACAUGUACAGUUCAGUCAGGUGCGUACCGAAACGGGUGAUGUUAAGACUGUUAAAAGCACGAAACGCAUUAUAAAGAAAAGAAAAGGGAAAAGCGAACAAAUAACCGAAGUCCUUACUACCCAAGUAGGCGACGAAGCUCCGAUCACCACAGUCAAUAUAGUAGAAGACGAACCAACCGCAGACGAAAUCAAGCCCUUAGAAGUUGUAGAGUUGCCCGAAGAAACGGCAGUUGAAGAAUUACAGACACCGGAAGGUAAGAUCACUAAAAAGAAGAUUACAAAACGUGUCAUUAAAAAGAAAGUGGGACCCAAAAUUGAAACAACCGAAAUAACAACUGAACAAGUAGAUGAUCAAACACCGGUAAUAUCAGUACAUAAAACAGAACAAACUACGGAUGAAACAACUGAACCAUUUGAAAUUGUCCAUAAACCAGAAUCUGCAAAAUUCAUAGAGGAGGAACCAGAAACAGUACAAGUAACAAAAAUAAAGACAGAAACCGGUGAUAUCAAAACCGUCAAAGUUACUAAGCGCGUCAUCAAAAAGAAUAAGGGAUCAAAGCAGGAAAAGACUGAAAUCGUUACGACCGAAGAAGAUAACAAAGCUCCGAUAACAACUGUCAAUGUCACAGAAGAAGAAAAGCUGCUCGAAACUGUAGAGUUGCCAGUAGAAACUGUAAUUGAAGAAAAAGAAAUGCCAGAAGGUAACAAAAGUCACAAAAGAAUUACUAAAAAGGUUCUUAAUAAGAGAAAAGAACCGCAGAAAGAAACCAUGGAAAUAGUCGCGGAAAAAGAAGAUGACAAACAACCAGUCGUAUCUGAACACACUACAGAAGAACUACUCACUGAAGUUACAGCACCACUCGAAACCAUAUAUGAUACCGAUUUAGCAACUGUAGUUAAGGAGCCAGAGCAUGCACAAUUUAGUCAGGUGAGUACUGAAACUGGAGACGAUAAAACAAUGGAAACCAUAAAACGUGUAAUAAAGAAAAAGAAAGGUCGAAAAGAAGAAAUCACAGAAGUGCUCACAACCCAAACAGGUGAAGAAGCUCCUGUCACAACCAUAAGUGUAGUGGAGGAAAAACCGACCGACGAAGAAAUCAGUCCCAUUGAAAUAAUUGAAAUGCCUGAGGAAAUGACAGUUGAAGAACAACAGACACCCGAAGGUAAGAUUACCAAAAGAAAAGUUACAAAAUGUGUCAUCAAAAACAAAAUGGGUCCCAAAGUAGAAACUACCGAAAUCACAACAGAACAAGUAGACGAUCAAACACCGAUCAUUUCAGUACACAAAACCGAACAAACCACAGAUGAAACCACUGAACCAUUCGAAAUAUUACAUAAACCAGACAACGCAAAACUUAUUGAGGAGGAACCAGAAACAGUUCAAGUGACACAAGUUCAAACAGACACCGGUGACAUUAAAAUUGUUAAAGUGACUAAACGAGUCAUCAAAAAGAAGAAGGGACCAAAACAAGAAAUUACGGAAAUCGUUACCACUGAAGAAGAUGAUAAAGCUCCAGUAACCACUGUGCAAAUCACAGAAGAGAAAAAACCAGAAGAAAAGAAGCCAACUGAAACGGUAGAGCUACCAGAGGAAACCACCGUUGAGGAAAUAAAGAUGCCUGAUGGAAAGAUAGUCCACAAAAAAGUGGUUAAACGAGUCAUCAAGAAGAAGAAAGGACCUAAGAUAGAAACCACGGAAAUUGUCACAGAAAAAGAAGACGAUAAACAACCUGUCAUAUCGGUACACACAACGGAAGAACUCGUAGAUGACGAUACAAAACCAUUCGAGAUGGUUUACGAAAUUGAUUCAGCAACUGUAGUCGAAGAGCCAGAACAUGUACAUUUCUCUCAGGUGCGUACCGAAACGGGUGACGUGAAGACAGUGAAAACCACAAAACGCAUCAUAAAGAAAAAGAAAGGACCAAAUGAACAAAUCACAGAAGUCUUAACAACCCAAGUAGGCGAAGAUGCUCCUGUCACGACUGUCAGCAUAAUUGAAGAGAAACCCGCUGAACAAGAAACGCAACCGGUACAAGUCAUCGAAUUCCCUGAAGAAACCAAGAUAGAAGAAGAAAAAACGCCCGAAGGUAAGGUCACUAAAAAGAAAGUUACAAAACGUGUCAUCAAAAAGAAAGUAGGACCAAAAGUCGAAACUACCGAAAUCACAAGUGAGCAAGUGGAUGAUCAAACACCUGUCAUUUCAGUACACAAAACAGAACAAAUCACGGACGAAGCCACUGAACCAUUCGAAGUGCUACACAAACCGUACACUGCUACAAUCAUAGAAGAGAAACCCGACACUGUUCAAGUGACACAAGUAAAAACAGAUACCGGUGACAUUAAAUCUGUUAAAGUUACUAAACGAGUUAUCAAAAAAAGGAAAGGACCUAAGGAAGAAACUACUGAAAUUGUUACAACACAAGAAGAUGACAAAGCUCCGAUAACAGUCGUCCAUGUCACCGAGGAGGAGAGACCAGAGGACACCAAACCCGUUGAAGUGGUAGAGCUGCCUGAAGAAACCUCCGUAGAAGAAAUAGAAACACCAGAAGGUAAGACAAUUAACAAAAAAGUAACGAAACGCGUCAUCAAAAAGAAGAAAGGACCCAAGAUAGAAACUACUGAAAUUAUAACAGAAAAAGAAGACGACAAACAGCCCGUUAUAUCUAUACACACCACGGAAACACUAACUGAUGACGUCAUGGCGCCGCUCGAGAUGAUAUACGACGUCGAUACAGCAUCUAUAGUCGAAGAACCAGAACGUGUACAGAUUAGUGAGAUACGUACUGAAACUGGGGACGUUAAAACAGUCAAAACCACCAAACGUGUCAUCAAGAAAAAGAAAGGUCAAAAGGAACAAAUCACAGAAGUCCUCACCACCCAAGUAGGCGAAGAAGCUCCUACAACAACUAUCAGUAUUAUGGAGGAAAAACCAACGGAAGAAGAAAUCGAACCCGUUGAAAUUAUGGAAAUGCCAGAAGAGACGGCAGUUGAAGAACAACAGACACCCGAAGGUAAGAUUACCAAAAGAAAAGUUACAAAACGUGUCAUCAAAAAGAAAAUGGGCCCUAAAGUAGAAACAACUGAAAUCACAACAGAACAAGUAGACGAUCAAACACCGAUCAUUUCAGUACACAAAACCGAACAAACCACAGAUGAAACCACUGAACCAUUCGAAAUAUUACAUAAACCAGACAACGCAAAACUUAUUGAGGAGGAACCAGAAACAGUUCAAGUGACACAAGUUCAAACAGACACCGGUGACAUUAAAACUGUUAAAGUGACUAAACGAGUCAUCAAAAAGAAGAAGGGACCAAAACAAGAAAUCACGGAAAUCGUUACCACUGAAGAAGAUGAUAAAGCUCCAGUUACCACUGUGCAAAUCACAGAAGAGGAAAAACCAGAAGAAAAGAAGCCAACUGAAACGGUAGAGCUACCAGAGGAAACCACCGUUGAGGAAAUAAAAAU